CGCCCGGCGAGGGGAGGUCUGCCGGGCUGCGCCGCGGAGCGGCCCCGAGUUGAGAGUCUCUGCGCGCAACUUCGGUUCCGCGGCAGGACCUCUGCGGAGGGGCGCGGGGCUUCCAGGGCGCGACUGCGUCUCCAUCCUUUUGCAGCUGCAAAAGCAAAUAAUUAACUAAACCCAACAGAAAUAAAACAAACUCAGGCUUACCUAAAAGUUAGGAUACCUUUUUUUUUUUUUUUUAAACACCCCCCCCCCCUUCUUUUACAAUUUUAUUCCCUAUGUGGGAGUCGCUUAUGAAUCGAGCUCGGCACACUGCAUGGGAAGAAGCGGCUUGUGUUUUGGAUCGAGGAUUUGCUGUUGCAAAGCGGUCUAACUUCCAUGCAGUGGGGCAGCCUUCGCUACUCUAAACGCCUUGAUGCUGUGCUGAGGAGCCCAUGUAGAUUGACAUCUUGUGCAGAGAAGGCAUUGAAGCUACUCUUGGUGUUCUACACAAAUACUCAUUAGUCAUUCUGGAGAUGGACUUGCUGUCUGGAACCUACCUCUUGGCAGUCUUAUUAGCCUGUAUUGUAUUUCAAUCUGGCGCACAGGAGAAGAAUUAUACCGUGCGGGAAGAACUGCCUGAAAAUGUCCUCAUUGGCAAUUUGCUCAAGGAUCUUAACCUAACGCUGGACCCAGAUGUGCCCCUUUCCUCACCACUACAGUUCAAGCUGGUGUAUAAGACUGGGGAUGUACCAUUAAUACGGGUGGAGGAGAACACUGGUGAGAUAUUCACAACUGCAAACCGCAUAGACCGAGAGAAGCUGUGCUCUGGCAUCUUCAGUGAGAAUCGCUGCUUUUAUGAGGUGGAGGUUGCUGUUUUGCCUGAUGAAGUUUUCAGACUGGUCAAGAUCAGAUUCCUAAUAGAGGAUAUAAAUGACAAUGCCCCCCUCUUUCCCUCAACAGUUAUUAACAUCUCUAUCCCUGAAAACACAGCAAUUAAUUCUCGCUAUUCUGUCCCAUCUGCCAUCGAUCCGGACAUUGGUGUGAAUGGUAUUCAACAUUAUGAACUCCUUAAGCCCAAAACAGCUCCGAAAAGGACGUUUGGAUCCAUUACAAAUGAUCAGGGUCAAAAUGUAUUUGGUCUUGAUAUAAUUGAGACACCUGAGGGAGAUAAGUGGCCUCAACUGAUUGUCCAACAGAUCCUGGAUAGGGAGCAGAAGGAUACCUAUGUGAUGAAAAUUAAAGUUGAAGAUGGUGGAAGCCCUCCAAGAUCUAGCACUGCCAUCCUGCAAGUCACAGUGACUGAUGUGAAUGAUAAUCGCCCAGUCUUCAAAGAGAAUGACAUUGAAGUUAGUGUUCCAGAAAACGCUCCAGUGGGCACCUCUGUUUCUCAGCUCCAUGCCACUGAUGCAGAUCUGGGCUCAAAUGCACAAAUCCACUUCUAUUUCAGCAAUCAAAUCUCCAGUUUGGCCAAGAGGCUCUUUGCCAUUGAUAACACCUCUGGCCUCAUCACUAUAAGAGAACCACUAGACAGGGAGGAAUCUCCUGUACACAAAUUAACUGUUUUGGCAAGUGAUGGCAGUUCAACUCCAUCAAGAGCAACAGUGACUGUUAAUGUCACAGAUAUUAAUGACAAUGUCCCAUCAAUAGACACGAGAUACAUAAUCAAUCCAGUGAACGGGACAGUGCUUUUGUCUGAGAAGGCUCCCCUUAAUACAAAAAUUGCGUUGAUAACAGUAAUGGACAAGGAUGCUGAUCUGAAUGGAAAAGUUACUUGUUUUACAGAUCAUGAUGUCCCUUUUAGGCUAAAGCCAGUGUUUGAUAAUCAGUUUCUCCUUGAGACAGCCACAUUUCUAGAUUAUGAAGCCACACGGGAGUAUGCCAUUAAAAUAGUGGCUUCAGAUUCAGGGAAACCUCCCUUAAACCAGUCUGCAAUGCUCCUGAUCAAAAUUAAAGAUGAAAAUGACAAUGCCCCAGUUUUUACACAGCCUAUCAUAGGUCUUUCCAUCCCUGAAAACAAUGCUCCUGGUACUCAGCUAACCAAGAUAAGUGCUACAGAUGCUGACAGUGGACGCAAUGCUGAGAUCAGCUAUAUCCUGGGUUCUGAUGCACCCCCUAUUUUCAACCUUGACCGCCGUACAGGCAUUCUGACAGCAGUGAGAAAGCUGGACAGAGAAAAGCAAGACAGGUACUCCUUUGCUGUGCUGGCUAAAGAUAACGGCAUGCCGCCCUUGCAGACCAAUGCUACUGUGACAGUGUCAGUCUUGGACCAGAAUGAUAACAGCCCUGCUUUCACACAUAAUGAAUAUAAUUUCUAUGUGCCAGAAAACUUACCCAUGUAUGGCACAGUGGGGCUUAUCACAGUUACAGAUGCUGACUCGGGAGAGAAUGCUGCGGUCACUCUCUCUAUAUUAAAUGGUAGAGAUAAUUUCAUUAUAGAUCCACUUACUGGUGUAAUAAGACCUAAUAUUACCUUUGAUAGGGAACAGCAGGGGUCGUAUACAUUCCAGGUGAAAGCUGUGGAUGGAGGAAGACUGCAGCGUUCCUCAACAGCCAAAGUGACCAUCAAUGUUGUUGAUGUAAAUGACAACAGGCCUGUUUUUGUUAUUCCUUCAUCUAAUUAUUCAUAUGAGUUGGUUCCAACAUCAGCCAGUCCAGGGUCUGUAGUUACUAAAGUCUUUGCAGUUGAUAAUGAUACAGGAAUGAAUGCAGAGCUCCGCUAUAGCAUCAUAGGUGGGAACUCAAGGGGCUUGUUUACAAUUGACCAAUUAACAGGCAAUAUUACUUUGAAAGAGAAGGUAAUUACAUCAGAUCAUGGCUUGCACAGACUGGUGAUAAAAGUCAAUGACCUAGGACAGCCAGAGUCUCUUUAUACUAUAGCUCUUGUGCAUUUGUUUGUGAAUGAGACAGUCACCAACAGUUCCUACGUACAAGAGCUAGUGCGCAGGAAUAUGGAAACUCCAGUUGGCCAGAAUGUUGGGGAUGGUGAGAUAACCCCACAAACCAAUGAUUAUGUCAAGAUUAUCAUUGCCAUUAUUGCAGGCACUAUGACAGUUAUUCUGGUAAUUUUUGUUACUGCUUUAGUACGGUGCCGCCAGACACCUAGACACAAGGUUGUCCAAAAAAACAAGCAGAGCGGUGAAUGGGUUUCCCCAAACCAAGAGAAUAGGCAGAUCAAGAAGAAGAAGAAGAAGAAGAAGCGCUCCCCAAAAAGUCUCCUCCUCAACUUUGUGACUAUUGAAGAAUCUAAGCCUGAUGAUCCUGGUCACGAGCACAUAAAUGGCACUUUAGACAUUCCUGUAGAGCUAGAAGAACAGACUAUGGGAAAAUACAACUGGGCCACCACACCAACCACAUUUAAGCCUGAUAGCCCAGAUUUAGCAAAGCACUACAAGUCUGCUUCUCCGCAGCCUACCUUUCAAAUUAAACCUGAGACUCCUGUACCCCCCAAGAAGCACCAUGUCAUUCAGGAACUGCCUCUAGAUAACACCUUUGUGGUGGGCUGUGACUCACUUUCCAAGUGCUCAUCAAGCAGCUCGGACCCUUACAGCGUUUCUGAAUGCAGCUGUCAAGGAGGCUUCAAGACCCCAGGCCCCAUACACACCAGACAGCACACAAAAGAAAUGGGAAGGCCACAAACUCCUUUGAAAGAAACAGCCUUGGAGCCUUGGACUCAGCCACAGCCUCAGCGCCGUGUCACGUUUCACCUACCAGAUGGCUCCCAGGAAAGCUGCAGUGACAGCGGGCUCGGAGACCAUGAACCCACGAGCGGUGCUAGCACGUCGCACCCUCUGCCCCUCGGCUUCCCCCAGGAGGAGUACUAUGAGCAAGCUUCACCCAACAGCCGGACAGAAGGAGACGGCAACUCAGACCCGGAGUCCACUAUCGAAGUCAAUCUCCAGAAAGCCCUGGCUGAAGCCUCUGAAACCUGCACACAGGAGUGUCUCAUCCUAGGCCAUUCUGACAACUGCUGGAUGCCACCUUCUUUGACACAGUAUCAGCAGUCCAACACCCCUUUGCCGUCGUUCGGCUUCCAGCAAGGCUGGGGGCGAGGAGCCAGGCCUGAGGGACGACACACUCUUGGGAGGCCCCUUCCAAAGGAUGACACUGACAAGGGCCAGGGUGGGCCCAGGCCCCAGUUCUACAACACCUGUGAAAGACAUUGCGCCAGUGAAGAUCCUGUCAAAGUCAUUCCUCUGGCAAGCUUCGCCGCGUCCCACCAGGCACCGGUGUCUGGGAGUAGCACUACGUUUAUACACGAGCACCAGCUAUAAAUGCAUAUCUGACAAAUCCAUUAUUUCAGGCUUUAAGUGUGACUGUAUAUAGUCACAGCCUAACACUGUUCUUAGUGCGUAUACAAACUUGUUAGGCUUGUGAAUAUUUAUGUAUAUAGAAUCCUAAAUUUGAAAUCGAAAAGCUAAAUCCUUAGGACUUAGUUAAAAGAAAUUUACCAUAGUUCUUGGCAAAAUCCACAAAAUGGGGAAGAAAACCCACAACCCAGAAACAAUCAAAAGAAAAACACAAAAUCCUGUUCAUUUUCUUAUAUGGGCCACGUAGUGCAAAUAUCUGCCAGCAGUUCUUCCUCCCUGUUGAAAGCAAUUUCUUAGUACAGUUUGGGGAAUGUUACAGUCUAAAUAUAGAUUACUCAAAUUUUUCUUUGUUGUUAUCAUUUAUAGCAUAUUCAUAGACUGCAUCUUCCACUUGCUUAGCAAUAGAGAUCAAGUGGGCAAUUUCUCAUUUGAUUACCUUACAUAAUAUGAUGAAUAAGAUCCUAAAAUCUAAUUCUUAAGAAGGAUGGUAUAUCUUUCCACCAAAAUUUAUCUUCUAUGUAAGUAAGAAGGAAAAUGUACUUAAAGACAUUGACAACUGCUUUUAAUUUUUAUUGGCUCAAUCUGCAGGUAUUUAUUCUUUGAAAGAAUGUAAUAGAUGAAAUAGAAAGCUCUCAACUAGGCUUUUCUUUGUGAAAUAAACAACACAACAGUAAUAGGAUAUGCAAUAUCAAAACUGGAAAAACAAUUAUAAAUAACUUUUUUUAAUUUCCAAGAUUUUCCUUUCUACAAUAAUGCAAGAAACAAUGAUACAUAUUAUGCUUUUCAAGCCAUAAGUCUAAUUUAAAAAAAAAUUUUUUUUUUUUUUUUCUUCUUGCAGAGCUUGCUUUGGCUACUGUUCCUGUUAGUUGAAAAUUACAUGGGCACUGCUCAAAACAGUAGGAAAAUGGGGUAGUUUUUUUUGGCUGAUGUGAUGUGGCUGCAAGCUACUGGUGUUUAAAAGAAUAUUAUAGUGAUGUAUAUGGCUUUUUUUUACAGCUAUAUUCACCUAAUGUAAGUAUUCAGUAAAAGGUUAGCUAUAAUAUUAGUUACUUCACCACAAACCUAUUAGCUGGAGUACUCGUCAUUGUGGGUUAGUUUAUUAGAGAAUGACUGACAGUUCUCAGCAAAGAAAGAAGAAUCUAGGUAAUGAAAGCUGGAUAAAUGUAAUCAUAAACACACCCCAAUCAUGUUAUUUGAUAAAGUCUCAAGAUGAUUCUCUUUAAAGAUGAGGGAUUUUUUUCAGUGUUCUGUGUACUGGAAGAUAUAUUCUUAAUAGUGGCAGAAAAAAGCUGGUAAAUUCUACAGUGGAUGAAAAGGCGGUUCCUUUCUUAGAUGAAAAAACACAUUUUCCUUCUAGUCUUUUGUUGCUGUUUAGCCAUUUUAUCAUUUACAGUAUGUACAUACCAAGAAAUUUUUGCUUUAAAAAAACUGCGUAACUUUGGUUAGUUUUAUUGCUACAUUAAGUGUGAGACAAUCGAAGUUGUAUGGAGGGGGAAAAAAGACAGUGUGUGAAUAUUUCCUAUGGAUAGAAUUCUAUGUAGGCUUCAUAUUGUAACUUAAAUCUGUAAUUUAUAAACAAAACUGUGUGUAAAAAUGCUGUAAUAUUAGCUGCUUGUAAAAUUUACAGAAGUUCAAGUUGUUGAGGGUUUCCAAUGAAUGCUAAAAGAGCUUCUCUUAUGUGCCCAGCAGGUAUAAGUAGCUUUAUAUAUCGCUGUCCCCACUGUAAAUCUAUUCAAAUCACAUUUAGAUUUUAUGUGCAAAAUAAAAGAAGCUUCACUUUUAACCUACUGAUAGGGUUUAAUUAAUGAACAUCAGAUUAUCUAAUGAUGUACUUCUUUUCUUUUCUUUUUUUUAAUGUAGUUUUCAGUAAUGUUUAGAAAAGAUGUGGCACACCGGCUUCCAGUUGCAUGUAAAUCCUGGAAAAAAAUAGUAAUCCUUUGGGUACUGACACACAAUAGCUGACACAACUCAUUUCCAAUUCCAGGACAAUUAAAAAUUUGACAAAUUAAUUCAUACCUAAUAUAUACAAAGCCCUUUGUUGUUUGCUUUGGAGACAUCACAAUGAGAAAAUUCGGCAGUCCUUUUCAGGGAUACGCAAAAAAAAGCUUAUCUGUAGUUUACACAGAUUUACCAAACAUAUUAAUUGUGCAAAUUUAGAAAAAUGCUGACAGCUAAUGCUUCCUAUUGUAAGCAGAGGACUUUAGGUUUUUUUACAGAGGGCUGCCAUACCAAAUGUUUACAGAAUUGCCAGCUGCAUUGGAAAACUCUCAAUUUUUUUUGCCUGCAACACUUCCUUUCUGGCUGAAAAUUGUAACUGAAAUUUUCUGGCAAAGAAUUAAUUUCCACAAUUUUAGGAUUUUCAUAGGAAAAGGUAAAGGAACCAGAAUUAGUGUUUUUUCAUAGGUAGGGGAAAAAAACCAACAAACUUCACAUUUGAAUGUUUAGGGGUUUGGGUUUUUUUCUUUUUUCCCCUAAGGUACAGAAGCAAUUAACCAUCCCCCUUUCUCUUGAAAACAAACAAACAAAAACCCAACAAAACACCAAAACCAACCAACAACAAAAAAUUGCUUAAGCAAAAGCAUUGUAAAGAUGAAUCUGAUUAUAGGAAGUAUUAAAUGUUAUAUCCAUGAAAUUGUGUUGUGAUAUUCUAAAAUUCUGUCAACAAGAUACAGAACAAUUAAUUGUAAAUACACGUUGUAGCAGGAGUUAAAUGGUUCCCUCAUUUUUACCUGUUACAUAUCUAAUAUAUAAAACUAUGCAUUUGAGGCAAUAUUUUUCCAAGUGGCAUGUCAGUAUCCAGAGGAAUAACGUUACUAGAGACUCUUUACACAUCUUGUCAUAUAUAUAAAUAAUUUAUCUAGUACAUAGACUGUAUAUUUUUUGUGUAAUUUUUUUUUAGUCAUUUAACUUAUUUUAUCUUACUUGUGUCAAUUUGUGGAGAAAACAAUCCUAUAUACAAUAUAAAGUAAAAUGGUAGUUACAUGAUUAGAUUUGUUUCAUACAGUGUAACAAUAAAGGAAAACCUUUGCCUUCAAAGUAAUGUGUCCCACAGUCUAGCCUAGAUUAUUGCCCCCCGCCCCCAAGUCAAUACAUGCUUGUUGCACUUCUAAGUGUUGCGUCCAAGUUAUGGGUAGCGGUGGCAGAGAGAAAGAUACUUCUUUCCAUAUUGUAAAGCAGCCAAUUCUAAAAAAAAAUCUUAAAGAACUGAAGUCAAACUGUUUGAAGCAAAAUAUGCUGUUUCUUUGUUUUCCUAAAGUGUGCUGUAUUCUGAAGUGUAACUUAAAGAAAGAAUAAUUAGGCAUGUCUGCUUGGCCAGACAGAGACUACAGAGCACCUGCUCUCUCUGGGCUGUGAGCUGGCCGGAUGCAGGUCAUUUAGCUAAUUAUCAUGGCAAUGAGCCCACGCUAAUAGGACCUGAGGGCUUAUGAAUGUUAGCAUAGCAGCUAGCUUGACAUAACAUUAGUUAUGUGGUUCUGAAUCCAGCCAGGUCUUUUUGCUUGGUGUAGGGCUGGAGGAGAGCAGCCGCUUUGUAUUGGAGACCUACGGCCCCAGGGUGUAUAGAUCUGUUUGGGGUUUUUUGUAAGAGAAGUGCAAGUUUGCUCUGGUGUGUUCUGAGCAAGCUGUAAUCCAGCGUGGAACCCCGUCAGCCCUGAGCUACCAUUAUUACCCUGCUUCCAGCUUGGUCAAGCCAAAGACAGUAGACCUAAAUAAUUUCUAGUCAGUAAUGGUUGAUUAGCUCAAGGUUGUUUGAUUCAAGCUUAUAAGGUUUGAGUUUUUAAAGCUUGAAAAUUUACACUUGACUUUGUUCGCUCAAGUUUUGCUUUUGCAGCUUUAAUACCAAUCCUUAAUAAAUGAUUAGCAAUUAAAAGAUUGCACUGCAGUUUACUACCAUUAUUUAACUGGAUACAUAAAAAGGAAAGGAUUGGUUUGUGCAGACACAAAGUAAAGUUGAAGGCAAAGAUUUUAUUUGGUAUACAUAGGAAAAUUGUGUAUAACUUAUGUUAUCCCUAGUGAAGAAAGAGAUUGACGAUUUCUUGUAAAUAUUUGAGUUUGUAUUUCUGGGAAAUCUCCCUGCUCUAUGGCAUACUACAGGAUCUGAGAGUGAGCAGUGUAUGUCUGUGUAUUGAAACAGCCCUAACCACACUUUACAAAUCAUGCAGUUGGACAUCAUAUACUACGGUCCAGCAGCAUUUAAAGUCCAGUAAAUUUGCAGUAGUUCUAUUUCAGGUUUCUGUACAGCAUGUUGUCUUGUUAAUUACAAUGCUUAUUAAUAAACUAGAUCCACAAAAGCA